AAUAAAAAUGAAAAAAAAACAGUUGGAGAAAUUAGCAGAUAUAUGCAAAAGUGCAUAGAUUAUCAUUGGAGGAGAAGGAGGGUGGUGGAAUUUUUGCAAUUUGCAGCAAAAAUCCAAUAUGAAAUUUCACAUCAUUCCAAAUUCUCCUCUAAUUCUGCUUUUAUAAUUAUCCAAAAAAACAAAAAAAACAUCUCAUUUGUAUAAUGUUUUUUUUUUUUUUCUAAUUCUAAAUCAUAUAAGAAAAGUUAAUAAUCUUCAUUAGAUUGGUAUAAAUGGCAUUGUUAUUGCUAUUUUUCUUCACAGAAUUACACACAAUUUGUAUAAAUACAUCGUGUUUCAUUGUUGCUGCUGAUGCUGCAUAAUUUUGGAUUACAAUGCCGAUUCCAGCAGCUAAAUUUGCUGAUAAAACAAUGGGAUUAGCAAAUGGGAUUAAUGGUUCUAUGAAAAAGAAAAGAUCUUCGAAUAAUUUGAAGAAGUUGUUUACUAAUGCAUUCCGUUCUACCGGUGUUAAGUCUAUUUUCAAAUCAAAGCCUAAGCCUAAGCCUCCUGCUGAAGUUGUUCGUCGAGUGAGGUGCUUGUUAGAGGCUGUUGAUUCCCUUCAUAACAAUGUUGAUGUUGAUCCCAAACAGAUGCAAGAGUUGGAUUCUCUUUUACACGACAUGAAAGCAAUCUUGUAUGGUAGUAAUGAAUGUGAACCUGCUCCUGAAGCUUGCUCCCAACUAACUCAGGAAUUCUUUCGAGAAAAUACACUACGUCUCAUCAUCCUUUGUCUUCCUAAAUUAAACUUGGAGGCCCGUAAAGAUGCCACGCGAAUUGUUGCCAAUCUGCAAAGGCGACCAGUUAAUUCACGAUUGAUUGCAUCAGAUUACUUGGAAGCCAACACAGAUCUUAUGGAUCAUUUGGUAACUGGGUAUGAUGAUGCGAGUCUCGCUUUGCAUUACGGAGCAAUGUUGAGGGAGUGUAUCCGACAUCAGGUUGUUGCAAGAUCUGUGUUGAAGUCCAAGCACAUGAAACAGUUUUUCGACUAUAUGCAAAUCCCAGAAUUUGAUGUUGCUGCAGAUGCUACAGCGACCUUUAAGGAACUCAUGACUAGGCACAAAUCCACGGUUUCUGAAUUCCUUGUUGAAAAUUAUGAUUGGUUCUUCACUGAAUUUAAUGCAAAGCUUUUGGAAUCUGCAAAUUAUAUUACCAGAAGACAAGCUAUCAAGCUUUUGGGAGAUAUUUUGCUUGAUCGCUCAAACUCUGCUGUGAUGACACGCUAUGUCGGCUCAAAGGAUAAUUUAAGGAUUUUAAUGAAUCUUUUGAGGGAGGCUAGCAAGAACAUUCAGCUGGAUGCAUUCCACGUUUUUAAGCUUUUCGUGGCUAAUAGAAACAAACCUACUGAUAUCGUAAACAUAAUUGUGGUCAAUCGAAGCAAGCUUCUGCGCUUCUUUGCAAGCUUCAGGAUUGAUAAAGAGCAUUAUUUGUUUGCAGAAGAUGAACAAUUCGAGGCAGAUAAAGCUCAAGUUGUGAAAGAAAUUGCAGAACUCGAGGCUAAAGGACCUCUUUUUUCAGCGGAACUGCAUAAAUUUCCCGGUACACCUACUGCUUCAGGAGAACUACAAAAACUUUCCGCUUCACCUACUGCUUCAGGAGAACUGUUUAAGUCACCAACCGCACUGUCUAAACAACUUACAUAAUUCCCAAAACUAGGCGGAAGAACAAUAUAAACUUUCUACGAGACCAACUACUUUGAAGAAUCGCAAAAGCUUUAGUAUACGAGUCACUGUUUUAUGAAUUAUACUAAAAGAACGGUUUAUUUUUUUUCCUUUGAGUUUGAAGUGGCAUCUUUGCUCGGGUUAUUUGAAAGAGCAUCGAGAAGGAUCAAAUUAUACGCAAUGUAAAACAACGUUUGUGAAUUUUCUUUGUCUUAACAACUUUAUAUGUAACUUAUAAACAACCAUGUUUCUGAUUUUG